GACAGGUGCGCACAACUCCGCUUCAUUCCUCGUGUUUCUCAGCAAACAACUAUCACAUCUUAUGCUGUCCGUGGCAUCGUUGAGAGACGACAUGAGGGUGCCUUAUUUCCCUGCGAGAUCCGUGCUCUUCCACAAGGAGCCAAACGGGGUCACCUACAGGGUGCCAGCACUGCUCUACCUGCCCCACUGCAGCUCCUUCCUGGCCUUCUGCGAGGAGAGACUCACCCCGUCUGACUCCCAGGCACACCUGCUGGUCAUGAGAAGGGGCACCUUCUACAGGAACUAUGUGGAGUGGGAGGACAUGCACGUCCUCGCCACGGCGUACCUGCCAGGUCACCGCUCCAUGAACCCGUGUCCCGUGUACGACGAGUUCACCGGCACCGUUUUCUUGUUCUUCAUCGCCAUUCUGGGUCACGUCCCCGAGUCCUUUCAGCUGGCGACGGGGAAGAAUUUGACUCGCCUUUGCUACAUCUCCAGCACCGACGACGGCGUGACGUGGAGUCCGGUCACUGACCUCACCCAGCGGGUCAUAGGAGACACCAUUAAAGAAUGGGCCACCUUCGCCGUGGGCCCGGGUCACGGCAUCCAGCUCAAGUCCGGGCGCCUGCUGGUCCCCGCCUACGCCUACCACAUCGAGUGCAAGCAGUGCUUUGGGAAGCUGUGCCAGACGGCUCCGCACUCCUUCUGCUUCCACAGCGACACCCACGGGCGAAGCUGGCAUUUCGGGGCGACCGUGCCGGGCCCGGAGAGUGUGGAGUGUCAGGUGGUGUCGGUGGACGAGGAGGACGGCGCCAACGUGCUGUACUGCAACGCUCGUAGCCGACUGGGCUUCCGGGUGCAGGCCCUCAGUCUGGACCAUGGCGCCACCUUCCAGGAGGGGCAGUUAGUGCAGCGGCUGGUGGAGACUGGAAACGGUUGUCAUGGUAGCGUGGUGGGAUUUCCGGCUCCCCUGCAGUUGCACACGCCCGCCCUCAUCCCGGACUCUCCGGACUUCCUCACCCCCACCUGGGUGGUGUACUCCCACCCAACGUGGACCAGCGCUCGCAAGGAUCUGGGAGUCUUCCUCAGCCUCUAUACCCGGGACCCCGACAGCUGGCGCGGACCCUGGGUGAUCUACGAGGGCCCCUGCGCCUACUCGGACCUGGCCUACAUGGAAUUGCCGCCCUCACCCGGCGCCCCGCCCGCCGUGGCCUUCGCCUGCCUGUUUGAGUGCGGCGCCGAGACGGCCUACGACCAAAUCUGCUUUUGCGUCUUCACCCUCUACGAGCUGAUCGAUCAUCUUCCCCCGGGUGACCGCCUUAGGAGCUGUGAUUAUAAAGAAUGGCGAGCCCCCAAAGUCAGUGAAAGCAGACAUGACGGUCCUCACCAUGUGUCAAGCGUGAAGAGGAGGAGGAGGAAGAGGCUUGGUCACUGUUGCUGUUUGUCUUAGUUAGCAUCAUUUCUACAUCCUGUAAUAAUACAGAUGAGGUUGAGGCACUGAUCAUAUAUCAACUAUUACCAUUACAGUAGGACCUCAACUAACCAGCUGGAGCUCUUAACACAGAACACCUGUAUCUCAAAUCAAUGUAUUCCAUUCCAAAAUAGCCCCAUUGUAACUUGUAGCAGGCCUUUUAAAUACAAACCCCGUUUCCAUAUGAGUUGGGAAAUUGUGUUAGAUGUAAAUAUAAACGGAAUACAAUGAUUUGCAAAUCCUUUUCAACCCAUAUUCAAUUGAAUGCACUACAAAGACAACAUAUUUGAUGUUCAAACUCAUAAACUUUAUUUCUUUUUUUGCAAAUAAUAAUUAACUUAGAAUUUCAUGGCUGCAACACGUGCCAAAGGAGUUGGGAAAGGGCAUGUUCACCACUGUGUUACAUGGCCUUUCCUUUUAACAACACUCAGUAAACGUUUGGGAACUGAGGAGACACAUUUUUUAAGCUUCUCAGGUGGAAUUCUUUCCCAUUUUUGCUUGACGUACAGAUUAAGUUGUUCAACAGUCCGAGGGUCUCCGUUGUGGCAUUUUAGGCUUCAUAAUGCGCCACACAUUUUCAAUGGGAGACAGGUCUGGACUACAGGCAGGCCAGUCUAGUAUCCGCACUCUUUUACUAUGAAACCACGUUGAUGUAACACGUGGCUUGGCAUUGUCUUGCUGAAAUAAGCAGGGGCGUCCAUGGUAACGUUGCUUGGAUGGCAACAUAUGUUGCUCCAAAGCCUGUAUGUACCUUUCAGCAUUAAUGGCGCCUUCACAGAUGUGUAAGUUACCCAUGUCUUGGGCACUAAUACACCCCCAUACCAUCACAGAUGCUGGCUUUUACACUUUGCGCCUAUAACAAUCCGGAUGGUUCUUUUCCUCUUUGGUCCGGAGGACACGACGUCCAGUUUCCAAAAACAAUUUGAAAUGUGGACUCGUCAGACCACAGAACCCUUUUCCACUUUGUAUCAGUCCAUCUUAGAUGAGCUCAGGCCCAGCGAAGCCGACGGCGUUUCUGGGUGUUGUUGAUAAACGGUUUUCGCCUUGCAUAGAAGAGUUUUCACUUGCACUUACAGAUGUAGCGACCAACUGUAGUUACUGACAGUGGGUUUCUGAAGUGUUUCUGAGCCCAUAUGGUGAUAUCCUUUACACACUGAUGUUGCUUGUUGAUGCAGUACAGCCUGAGAGAUCGAAGGUCACGGGCUUAGCUGCUCCGUCGAGUUUACAGUUACGGUAACACAAUUAGCCCCGAACGGGCAAACAUCACCGCUAACGUGUUACACGUCUAAUUCGCCCAGUGACUCUCUGUCGGAGUAUCAGCGCUGGGGUCCAGUGCACCACAAUUUUGUAUUGUCGCUCGGUCCUUCGGCGGAGUGCUUUGGAAGCUACCGGACCGCUCGUCUUCCCCACCCGGACUGUUUACAACGGGGGCGGGAGCGAGCAGGCGGGCGAGCGAGGGAGGCAGGGAGGAAGAGCGUGUGCGGGUGUCGUGGAAAAGCGGCAAAAUGAUCCUCUGCUUGCAUCACGCAAGUGACGUCAAUGCAUACUUGCCAACCUUGAGACCUCCGA